UCUGGCGGUGCGGUGGGGUGAGGUGCCCUCUGACAGGGGUCUGUCUCUUCCGACGAGCUGCGGGCUCGGCCGGGCUGUCCGUCCACACGGCAUUCCCGGUGGGAGGCUGCAGCGUGUCCGUUCCGUGGUACAGUAAACGGCUUGGGACUUCUUGAGGUCUCUGGGGUGAAGGGUUUGCCGGCACACAGUUACCUCGUGAAGCUGGUUGUGUGAAGAGACUCUUGAACGCCCAGCCCCUUGAUGGCCGAAUCAGAAGUUCAGGAAGGAAACUAUGAUAACAUGGUAAAGAUGGCGGAGGACCUGAAAAGAGAUUUAGAAAAACUUCUGGAUGAAAUGGAAAAACUAACAGUGGGGGCAACCUGGAUGGCAUUUGAGAUGGUGGUCAUGCGUAGCAACCUCGACCUGGCCAACUCCAUGAAGCAUUUGGAAGAUGCCUUCCUGAGUUGCAAAGAAGAGAUAGAGAAGAAAUGGCAGGAAGUGCUAAUGGAAUAUCAAGGUGAAGAGCAGCAAAAAGAAGAGUAAAUUGAAUUCAGUCAUGCUCACAGAACUCCAAUCCUUGGAAAAUCACUCCAGUGUUUUUUGUGGAGGUUUCACAGAUACCGUGGAAAAUGGAUUGGCUUUCACCUUGUUAAGA